AUGGCCCUCCGCAAGGGUGCGACCUUUCACUCUUCUCCUUCCUCCGUCCCCUCGUCCGCUGCCACGGCCAGCACCUUCCUCCCUCCUCAGCUGCCGCGCUCGUCCACGCACAUCGACCACGUCGUCGAUGCCAACCGCCGUCGUGUUGCCCUGACCCUCGACGACAUCGACGAGACCCUGGCCAAGACGGAACGUCUUUCCCUCGAAUCCCGCACCACGGUCGGGAGCGCCUCGCUCCGGGACGUGAGCUCCCCCGUUCCCCGAGGCCUCCUCGACCUCGCCAACCUCCACCUCGCCGACCUCGGCCGCGCCCCCGACGGUCCUGCCCCCCGUCCAACCCCCCCUCGCUGCUUCGUCCUGCCCCGGAACGUUGGCGAGAGCGCCAAGGCGGACUGCGACAGCGGCCUCGGCACCUCCAUCGCCUCGGCCGACGACGAGUGCUGCCCCUCGGCCGACGCCGGCAAGGCUGGCAUGUCGUCUUCGAGUCAAACCCUCACCGGAUCCUCGGCCGAUGCCGCCAAGGCGAACCUGCCGCUCCUCGGGUCCAAGGCCUACUACCGCAUCUACCACCGCAUCCUCGGUCCGCUCCUGGCCGAGCCGGCCUUCAAGCCCUUCAAGCCGCUCCUCGUCGUCGUGCCCCGCCAGAUAAGGGACAAGGAGAUCAUCUGCAUCCGCGAUCUCGAAAAGACUCUCCUGUUCCGCGCCCCUGUAAGUCGUCCGCCUUCGACCCGUGUCCCUUGCGGCCCGCGCGCUCAUCCCGUGUUGCUCUCGCAGAGGGACUCGCCCUCCCUUUACCUUGACUUCUGCCUCACCUUCAUCCGCUGCGUCCAAGCGUCCGUUCACCUCUUCACCGAACGCGAGCAGGUCCGCGGCAACGACCGCCCCUACACCAACGGCUACUUCAUCGACCUGGAGGACCAGCUUCUCCACUACGGCAUGCAGCUCUACAGGGCCAAGAACGCCCCCGCCGCCGACGACGCCGACAUGGUCGAUCAGUAUGUGCCUCCGCCGCCUCUCGUGCCCCGACCCGCGCCCGCUGCUAAUCACCGCCUGCCCCUCAGGUCGGACGAGAUCCAGCUCUACGGCGGCGUCGCCCAGAACGGCCGCCCCGCCGAGCUCGUUCGUGUGAAGAAGGAUGGCACCGCCAUCUCCAUGGCCACCGGGAAGCCCGUCGACGUCGGUGCCUCGUUGCCGCUCAAGCGCUCCGCCAGCCGCCAGCAGGUGGAUGAGGAGGAUGUCCGGCGUUCCAUGGCGCGCCGCAAGAAGAACGCGAGUCCCGACGAGUUGGCGCCCAAGAAGUGCCGACACCACGGCUGCGCCAAGGAGUUCAAGCGCCCCUGCGACCUGACCAAGCACGAGAAGACGCACUCGCGCCCCUGGAAGUGCCCCGUCGCCGCCUGCAAGUACCACCGGCUCGGGUGGCCCACGGAGAAGGAGAUGGGCCGUCACAUCAACGACCGCCACUCGGCGGCCCCGAGCACCUUCUACUGCCAGUAUUCCUGCGGCUACACCUCCAAGCGCGAAUCCAACUGCAAGCAGCACAUGGAAAAGGCCCACGGCUGGACCUACGUCCGCACCAAGACCAACGGCAAGAAGGAAUCGCCCGCGUCCGACGGGCCCCUCGUUCAGCAAACUCCGCCCCUCCAGAAUGCUUCGACGCCCUCGACGGUGCCGUCCUGCGGCGUGUCGACGCCCCUGCAGGAGACGGAAGUCGCCGUCGCCGUCAUGCCCGCCUACGUCUCCGACGCCGAUUGGCUUGCCACCUUUGGCUCCCAGCCGCAAGCCGUGGAGGCCUUGGAUGCCAUGCCGGAGACCCCCUCGCCCGCCUCGCCCGCCUCCUACGAGCAGUAUCCUCCCUACCUGAACAGCCCCGCCUUCAUCCUCGGCGAUGAGGACAUCUACGCCGCUCAAGUCCAACUGCCCGCCCACCUCUUCCCCAACAUCGGCCAGCUCCUGGACAAGUUGGCGCCCCAGAACCUGCCCAUCUACCAGAUGCCCCAUCUCCCUCAGCCGGCCGCCGCCCUCGCCCAACCCCACCUGCCGCCGGUUCCCCACUUCUCCCCGGCUGGUCAAGGCAGCGUCAUGCUCUUCUCGCCCGAGGCCGCGGCCGAGGCCGACGAAGGCUUCGACGAGUCCUUCGCCGCCCAAGGCGCGGAUUUUGCCCUGCUCUCGACCGCCGAGGUCAUGGUCUUCCCUCCGCUGGUGCAGGACCCCCCCAGCAUGAACCUUGGCUACUCCCAGAGCUCGCAGCCCGACGACAUGUUUCGUUCGCUCGAGUUCCCCCCCGCUCAUGACUUUGCCUCUUUCGGCUGCUAG